AUGAAUGGCGUCGAGAUUAAGCGCUUCGUGCGCUAUUUCUAUGACCCUCCUCCAAAAUACGAUGACAUGUCGGGUACAUCAAUAUGGCUGCUGGGGAAAGAAUACAAGGCUACACCGCCAAAACCGGUGACCACGACCGACCAUGACGAUGUGGUCGAGGUGGAGUCAUCUUCGGAUUCACACGAACCGUCAGAUGCUGCGAGUGCCCCGUCCACCGCUCCAGAGACACAGCAACAACAACAGCAGUCGCAGCAAAACGCUUCCGAAUCACAGAACACAAGCAGCUUCGACGACGCACAACUUGUCACAGGAGGAGAGGACACACCUUCUUUAUCCAACGACCCUUCGGACCGGGGCUGGCCGAUCCCCUUUCUCGACGACUUCGAGUCGCGAGUAUGGAUGACCUACCGCUCAAACUUCACCCCUAUUCCUCGGUCGCAUGACGCCGACUCCAGUACCGGCCUUUCCUGGUCCGUCCGGCUUCGCAACCUUACUGAACGGGAAGGCUUCAGCAGUGACACGGGCUGGGGCUGCAUGAUCCGUUCGGGACAAUCUCUCCUUGCCAACGCACUGAUAAUGCUCCAUCUAGGGCGAGAUUGGCGGAGACCAGGCACACAUACGUCCCGCACAGCCUCUCCUUCUCCGCCAUCUAGCGAACCACCCACGCACACUUCUUUAUCGACACAAACAGAGGCUUCUAUCCUCUCCUUGUUCGCCGACUCCCCUUCAGCCCCCUUCAGCAUCCACCGUUUCGUCCACCACGGAGCCACCUCCUGUGGAAAACACCCAGGCCAGUGGUUCGGGCCCUCCGCCACGGCCAGCUGUAUCCAAGCCCUCAGUGCAGAGUGCGCCUCUGCAGCCGGAUUGCGCGUUUACGUGACUCCCUCGGCGAGCGAAGUCUACGAGGACAAGUUCCGGUCCAUCGCCCGGGCAAGCGCUACAGACGCCACGAUAAAACCCACCCUUAUCCUGUUAGGGAUACGCUUGGGGUUAGAUCGCAUAACACCAGUCUACCACGAAGCCCUGAAGAGUAGUCUGACAUAUCCACAAAGCAUCGGCAUCGCAGGCGGACGCCCCUCGUCUUCUCACUACUUCAUCGGGUGCCAGGGCGACUUGUUCUUCUACCUUGACCCUCACGAAACGCGGGCCUUUCUGCCCUACCACGCGUCCUCGGCCGAAUACACCGAUGAAGAGAUUUCGACAUGCCAUACGCGCCGUCUCCGCGGCCUGCGCAUUUCUGAGAUGGAUCCCUCCAUGCUGAUUGGAUUCCUGAUCAAAGACGAAAAUGACUGGGAAGAUUGGAAGCGGAGGCUAAAAGAGACAAAGGGCAAGGCAAUUGUGCAUGUGCUGGACAAGGAGCCGCCAGUCCCUGGGGAGAGCAGAGAGAGGAAAGAGGCCGUGGACGAGGUAGUCAGUUUCGACGACGAAGAAGAAGAAGAUGACGAGACCGUCACGGUAACGGGAAAGGAGGACGACGAGGGUGUCAAGGUCGAAGCCUCCGUGGCAGCCUCAGGCACUGCACGCUCCGAAGCCGAAACCGAAGCUGGAGACGAUGCAGUCAAGGUCUCGGUGCCGCAAAGAGAUACGGCCGUGGAGGCAGUGUAA